AAAGAAGAAAAUUUUCAAAUGAGGAGUUUAAUUUGUAACUCUUGUAACAAGGAAUUUUUUGACCAAAAUGAGCAAAAAAUUCAUUACAAAUCAGAAUGGCAUCGUUACAAUCUUAAGCGUAAGGUUGCUGGAGUUCCUGGAUUGACAGAGGCACUUUUUGUAGCCAGACAGUCUGCACUUGCAGAAGAAACUUCCUUGCUAUAUAGCUGUGUUCAUUGUGGCAAAGAAUACACAAGUUCUAAAGCUCAUGCUCAACAUCUAAAAUCAAAAACUCAUUUAUCACAGGCUUUGCAAGAGCCAGUUCAUCACGAUGAGAAUAGCGUUAUGAUCAUCAAGCCUCUUCCACAUCAACCUUCCGAGUGGGAAGAAGUUGAUAAAGAGGAAGAGAUGGUUGAUGAACUCAAUGAUGAAGAUAGUGAUGUUGAUGAAUGCAUUGAUCCGUGCUAUUGUUUCAUGUGUGAUUUGAAACACGAUACAAUAGAAAACUGCACGGUUCACAUGCACAAGCAGCACGGGUUCUUCCUACCUGAUGUGGAGUAUUUGAAGGAUGCUAAAGGUUUCCUCACUUACCUUGGUCUCAAGGUUAAAAGGGACUAUGUGUGUCUGUAUUGCAACGAUAGAUGUCGUCCUUUUAGUAGUUUGGAAGCAGUUCGAAAACAUAUGGAAGCUAAAAGUCAUUGCAAAGUGCAUUAUGGUGAUGGUGGUGAUGAUGAAGAAGCAGAAUUAGAAGAGUUUUACGACUAUAGCAGCAGCUAUGUGGAUGCAACAGGAAAGCAGCUUAUUUCGUCUGAAGAUUUUAACAACAAUGUACAACUUGGAAGUGGUGGAUCUGAACUCAUAAUUACAACAAGAACUGAUGAUGGAUUGUCUGUUAAAGCAAUUGGAUCAAGAGAGUUUUUGAGAUAUUACCGCCAGAAACCAAGGCCUACGCGCAUUAAGGAUGCAGCCUUAGCAUGGGUCUAGCAACCGUGCAGUCAAGUUAAAAUGAAGGAGUUGAAGGCCAUGAAUAGAUGUGAAGUUGAUGAAAGAGUUGGAACUGGGAUUAUUUUGGUGGGAAAUGAAUAAAUAUUCUCAAAGUUUCAGAAUUAUGCAUGUGUUCAAGCAUUUGAGCAGACAAUGAUUUUGUUACAAGAGAACCUCAAGAUCAUCAUAGUUUAUGCUUAAUCGACAUAAACUAUGUAGGAAUGUUUGGUAACCCCACCCCUCACCCCAACCCCAAAAAGGUAAAAAAUAGAAAGGCUGUAAGGUUUAAAAAACCUCAAAUUUAUAAUGAGAAUGGUGUGUCUCCUACACGAACUUACGAAUAAA